AUGGGUGGCUCUAGUGUCACAGUGAUGUGCUAUUGGAAUGGAAAGGUUACUAAUAAUUCCCGUGGUAUAUCUUACGAAGGACAACCUGGGGUCAAUUGUUUGGAAUUUUAUUUAGAAGCAAUACCUGUGAGCACAGAGGCACAAGCAGACGCACCAUCACGUAAUGGAAAUGACCAUCCAACACAGUUGCCAGGAGAAGAAUUAGGAUCGUUAAAUUGGGACUAUGAAUCAGCUUCUGGCAUUUGUGUUAUUGAGGAUCAAGGUUCACAUGAAGCUAGACGUGAAGAUCUCCUGGUAACAGGUGUAGCCAAUUCGGAGGAACUUGAACACUUGUGGCAUCAAGAUGCUGAUAUUUCCCAAGGCGAUCCCCCAGCUUCCAAAUAUGCUGGUGUUGGGGAGGCAAAUGAGGUUGUAGCUGCUGAGUGUGAGAUAGGCAGAGAAACUGAUGCACCCUGCUACCCUGGGGACCUUUAUGUUGGUCAAAGAUUCCCUACUAAAGAAGAUUUGCAGAAUGCUGUAAAGGCAUAUUCUGUAAGGGUCAAUCAAGAGUACGUUGUGGCAUACUCUACAGAAAAUUUGUGGGUUUUAAAGUGUAAACAAGCACCUGAAUGUCCUUGGAGGUUACGUGCUACUACCCCGAAAGAAGGUUCUUUCUUUGAGAUAAAGAAGUAUACCGCACCUCAUGUUUGUAAAAAGUCUAAUAAUCAAGGUCAUGCACAGAUGGAUUCUGCCUUUGUUGCUAGACAUAUUAAAGCUUUAGUUAAAGCCCAGAAUUCAAUAUCUUCAUCUUCGAUACAAGCCGAGAUUUUGGAAAAGUUUAAUUAUAGUAUUUCCACGAAAAAGGCAUGGACAGCUAAGCAGAAAGCAAUCAUUGAACUUUUUGGAGAUCGUGUAAAAAGAUCCAAAAGGGGUCGUCCAAAAUCAGGAUUCAGAGCAAUGUCUGAGAGUAUAAGAUGUAGUUCAUGCAAGAAAUCUGGACAUAACAAACGCAAAUGCCCCCGUGCAAAGGACAUUGAGGUACCUUGCUGUCACCUUUAA